GAUUGAGAACCGGUUUGGUGAGAUUAUGGAUUUUGGAUUUGGGUUCAAUGUGGUCUAACUCUCAUAACAUCGAAUUUGCAUCAAGUUGUGUUUAACUGUCAUUUUAAAUCUCAAACUUUUGUUAAAUGAACCAUAUUAUACGAUGAUAUUGGAACUUAAAAACAGUUAGUUUUUUUUUUUUUGAAACACCGAAAACAGAAUUAGUCGCUAAAAGCAAUGGUUAAACAAAACGGCGUCAUGUUAGUUUAACCAUUGUUUAAAAAAAUGGGGAAAUAAUUAUAAAAGCCUACACUCUAAAUUUAUGAUUAUUAAAAGCACAAAUUUUCAUAUAAGCAGUUAAAACAUCUGAUUGUGUUUGAAUUUCAUUUUAAAACUUGAAUUAGACAUAUUGUGAAGUGAUUAACAUAAUUUAGAAUAAAUUCAACUAGUCACUAAUAACUACGAUAAAGCAAAUUUUGUUAGUUUGGUUUUUUGAUUUGUCAAUAUAGAAAAUAUUAUUUAUUUUAGUUUAUGCAAUGUUUGAUUAAUUAUGAAUAAUGUCAUAUAAACUUAGUUGGGAAUGAGAGCAUCUCUAACUACACAUCGUCAUGACCAAGGUGAGAUAGACAUUCUCUUCUCACUAAAAGAGUAGACCAUGAAUUAACUUCCACCUGCUUACAUGUGGUGUUCGUGUUCCAAAAGUAAUCAACAAGCUUCAGGUUCUAUAUUGAAACGUCGGUACCGUGACCGCAAAAAAAGACAGAGUUGAUAAUGUUUGGUUUGUUCAAUCCUCUAAACCGAGUUGCCCAUAUUUGUUAUCCCUAACUGUGUAGAGAUGACCUUCUAUGGUCAGAAAAAUCGUACACAUGGUAUUAACUUCCACCUGCUUGCAUGGGGUGUUAGUGUUCCAAAAGUACUCAACAAACUUCGGCUUCAGUACUGAAUUGUAUUUACCAUGACCACAUGAAAAUACUGAAUUGUGGCCAUAUGUGAAUACUUCUCCGGACUCCAUUACAUAAUCCACAUUUUCUUCAUUUGCUGAGAGUUGUUGAACCUUUGCAGAGAAUGGAAAAUAUACGGGUCGCACUCCUAACAUUAACCUAGUGGUGAGCCCAUGAUCAUCUAUGGUUGAGUAUACACAUGUGUUUUGGCUAACCAAUGUGAAAUCUCUUCCCGCCACGACAUGCAUCAUCUGUAAGUAAAUGUGUCAAGAUUUUAUCGAAUAACAGGUUUCAAAUUUCAAUAUUAAACAUAAUAAAACCGUAUGAAGGAUGUCCCAUGCAGCAUCAACACUUCUUAUAAGUUCUAUGUUAGGAUAUCUUAUGCCUAACAGUAUUUUAAAACCUUGAAGCCUCAUGUCGCAUAAUAGAUGAACAUUACCAUGAACCAUAGUUUUCAUUUUCUUGGAUGUUAUUACGGUAUUGACUUGAUUAGUCCAACUAAAGUCAUCAACUACUCCAAAUUAGACAUAUUAUGAGGUGAUUAAUAGCUUAAAAUAAAUUCAACUAGCCACUAAUAACUACGAUAAAGAAAAUUUUGUUAGUUUGAUUUUUUUAUUUCACUAUAAAAUAUUCUUUAUUUUAGUUUAUGCAAUGUUUAAUUAAUUAUACCAAUCAAAUGUCAAAUAAUACUAUUAUGAAAUAUAUUAUAACAUCAUAUUGAACACAAACAACAAAACAAAGAAAAUUAUAGGGAGCAAGGUUAGUACACAAUAUCAAACAAGAACUUUAUAUAACUAUUGAAAAUAGUAUGUGUAAUCCUUGAAGACUAAGCGAUCUGAUCCUUGAUGACUAAAAGAAACACUAAAAAUGCAAAGGCAUGUAAUUGUUGAAUUAAAUCAUGCAUAUAAAACAAAGCAAGUGAGAGUAGUUUUGUAGUAAUGACGAAGUAUUAGCCUAAUUUGGAAAAUAAAAUAAUUGUUCGAUUGUAGGUACUGAAAAAUAGUGGUAGAUUUUUCUCAAUGUUCUCAUACCGCAUCCGACCCCAUUUCAUGUUUUGGUGAUUGGUUUCUCUAACUAAUUGUCAUAUUUUUGAUGUAAUUACAAUAGACUAAACACUGUUUUUUUAAUUAAAUACAACUUGCAAAGAAGCUUUGGUAAAAGAUUUUAACUACUUUUGUUAUCAAUAGCGCAUUGGGUAAAGCUGUUGGUAUGAGUUUUUCAAUAUUUCGAAUAACGAAAAUUAGUGCAUUUGUGAGAUAUUUAUUAAUUGCUGGCUGAGAACCGGUUGGUUGAGAUGAUGUGAUUUUGGAUUUGAGGUCACUGUGCUUCUCUUUUAAUUUGGGUUAUGUUGAACCAUGUAAGAAACCAAAAUAAACCGAGACGUUCCCGGUUUAAUUUCAAAACCUACAUAAAGUUCGAUUGUAACUGGUUUAGAUACAAAACCGGUAUUAUAAACAAAUAAACCAAAGAAUCUUCGGUUAGUUUUAGAAACCGGUCUCCUUUGAUUAUUCUGUCGUCAACCGUUUCCUUAAAAUCCAGUAAAUAAAUACACACACUCUCCGCAGAAAGUAGAAAAACCCUCUCGAACACGAACAAUUUCUUCCUUGGAGCGAAUCAAUCAAUCAAUGGUUUGGGGUCUCUUUCCCGUUGAUCCUCUCUCAGGUGAAGAUAAAUACUAUAUCUUUUCAAAAGGGACUUACAAGAUUGGUCGCAAAGGAUGUGACAUCAUUAUCAAUAAGGAUAAGGGAGUGUCUAGGAUCCACGCAGAGUUAACUUUCGACGCAACAGUUGCCUCAACCUCUCGCAGGAAUAAAUCUCCCGACACCUCAUUUGUUAUCCGUGUCAAAGAUUGUUCAAAGUAUGGCACUUUUAUCAAAACUGACCCCGGGACAAAAGACAAAGUCCAUGAGCUACCUAACAAGGAGAGGAUUCUCAGUGAUGGAGAUGUUAUCACCUUUGGUACUGGUGCAGCUACUUACAGGUUGUCUUUGAUCCCGCUGGUGUUUUACUACUGCCCUUCCUCUGAGACCUUUAAGGUGGAUCGGUCCGUACAAGAUGCAGUUUCAUCAAUCGGUGCUCGUAUUGCUCCUACAUUGAGUGAGGAGUGCACACAUGUUCUUGUUGAGCCGCGUAUGCAAGUGAAUGAAGCUCUGCUCAAUGCAGUUUUAGCCCAAAAACCCAUCAUUUUGACGAAUUGGGUUAAGCUUCUUGGAGAGAAAAGUAUCCGCAGCGAGUUUCCUGGAAACAGUCAGUACAGACCAUCAGCGAUGGUGGAAGAAGCUUUGGUGGAUGUAAUGGAACAAAACAUCCGUGAAAAAUGUCUACAAGGAUUUACCUUUGUGUUGGAACCAGCAGACACCUACAGGUUUGGUAGCAGCUUCUCAUCUUUACUCAAACUGUGUGGCGCAGAGACUGUUGCCGUAGCAGAGAUUAGCUCCAUGAGUCAGGAUUCUCAGUAUGGAGAAGCUAAUCGGAUGAUAUGUGUCAUCCCAAUAAGCUCAGGAGACAAGUUUGCCCGUUUGAAGCAUCUCAGUCUGUUAUCUAGAGUGAACGAGAUGGACUUAAUAAGCGCUGUCUUGUCUGGAACUCUACCUUCGACUUCGUUGAUACCACCCUCUGUUGUGAUUUCAUCAUCGUGCUCCACGGAUGAGACAGUGGUAGCAGACUCUGAUGUCGAAGAGGAAGAAACAACAUCGUCAGUUCAUAUGAUCGACGCCACCGAGAAGGCGGAAACACCAGAGGAGCCUCCUGCUGCGAUAGUGAUAGAAGAGAGUCCGGUUACAGCAGUGGAAGAAACUAUGAAUUUGAACGAGUUCAAAAGCGUGAACUUAUCGGCAGAUACCGAAAUGAAAGACUACAAUGAUGUGACGACAAUCAAAAGGGAUCGUAACGAUGAGCCUGAAUGUGGCAACUCGGAGGUUAUCUACACUCAACAUCUCAUUGUUAGGGAUUUGCGGUCAAUAAGAGAUGUCCGGUCUACAGGAGUGGAAGGAGUUGUUGACUUCAAGCGAUUUAGAAAGGGGAAUGUUAUAAUAUCAGGAAACAGCUUCAGUAGUCUAAUACCUUUCGCCAAGGAUCCAUACAAAGAGUACGAUACCAGUGAAGUGACGGACUUUAUGAAAGAAGAGAAGAAGAGGAAGCAGAGAGAAGCCGUUGCAGAGGACUUGUUCAACAAUGAAAAGGCUAGAAAGCGUGGAACGGCUGGUUCCAUCAGCGGGUUUCUCACUCGAAGUUGAGGUUUCAAGGUGAAUAUGAAAUGGUUAUUGUGAGAUAAUUACUCAUGGUUGUUUGUUAAUCUUCAAGAAUCAAAAUGGUUAUUUGUCUGUCAACUCUACUUUUUAAUCUUUAAACUAAAAUUCAAGAGGAAUUUAGUGGCA